ACAGGAGGAACCAGAACCUCUCGAGAUUAAAGAGGAACCAGAAGAACCAGGAGCUCCACAGAGAAAAGAGGAACCAGAAGAACCAGGGUUUCUUCAGUUUCCAGAGGACCAGGAGGAACCAGGGACUCUAGAGAUUGAGGAGCACGAGGAUCUGGGUUCCAGCCAGACGGGAGCGCGGCCUGUUGUGACGUCUGAAAGUGAAACCUUGAAGGUUCCUUCUGUUGAGGAGCAGAGUGACCUGAGUGAACCAGAAGAAGAGCCAGACACUGAGCAGCUCCUCUCUCAGGACUCUGAAGUCCACCAUGAGAACCACCUGAUUGACUCUCCAGUUUCAGAGAAGCAGGCUGGAUGUGAGGAAACAUGUAGUGAACCUGUCCGUAAAAAAACAAAACCAUGUCAGAAGGUAAGAACGGUCACUGAUAAGAAGAAAACCUGUGAAACAUGUGGAAAAAGCUUCAUUUGUCAGAGUCAUUUGUUGAACCACAUUAGAGUUCACACAGGUGAGAAGCCGUAUUCUUGUGAAACUUGUGGAAAAAGCUUCAGCAUGCAGGGUAAUUUGUUGUACCACAUGAGGAGUCACACAGAUGAGAAGCCAUAUUGUUGUGAAACAUGUGGAAAAAGCUUCAGUAUUCAGCGUAAUUUGUCGCGCCACAUGAGGAUUCACACAGGUGAAAAGCCGUACUCUUGUCAAACAUGUGGAAAAAGCUUCAUUUCUCAGACUCAUUUGGUGCGCCACAUUAGAACUCAUACAGGUGAGAAACCGUAUUCUUGUGAAACUUGUGGAAAAAGUUUCACUCAACGCGAUGCUUUGUUGCGCCACAUGAGGAUUCACAGAGAUGAGAAGCCAUAUUCUUGUGGAACAUGUGGAAAAAGCUUCAUUUGUCAGAGUACUUUGUUGUGCCACAUUAGAACUCACACCGGUGAGAAGCCGUAUUCUUGUGGAAGCUGUGGAAAAAGUUUCAGCAUUCAGCGUAAUUUGUCGCGCCACAUGAAGACUCACACAGGUGAUAAGCCGUACUCUUGUGAAACAUGUGGAAAAAGCUUCAAGUGUAAGAGUCAUUUGUUGAACCACAUUAGAACUCACACAGGUGAGAAGCCAUUCUCUUGUGGAAUAUGUGGAAAAAGUUUCAGUCGACAGAGUAGUUUGUUGGUCCACAUGAGGACUCACACAGGUGAGAAGCCGUAUUCUUGUGGAACAUGUGGAAGAAGCUUCAGUGAUAAGAGUCAUUUGUUGUCCCACAUUAGAACUCACACAGGUGAGAAGCCAUAUUCCUGUGAAACAUGUGGAAAAAGUUUCAGUCAUCAGAGUCAUUUGUUGGUCCACAUGAGGAUUCACACAGGUGAGAAGCCAUAUUCUUGUGGAACAUGUGGAAUGAGAUUUACUUAUCGUCUUUCAUGGCUGCACCACCUUAAAAGUCACAAAUAGAUGGCGCCAUGAAAGACUCUCUUGGAGAGCUCAUUCAGGAAGUUCAACUUGAUCCCCAAACCACAAGAGAGCAUCCAGUUCAAAGGAAAUGUUCCACAUUCAAACACUGUUGAGAUGAGAUCCACCUUCAGGAAUGUUUUUGUUUGUGGUCUGUCACAAAAAUGAGAAAUUUCAAGAAAUGGAAAUAAAAUGUU